UACACAUGUUUGUUAGUUUAGCGCACCUGUGUUUUUUAUAAUAAUCGUUUAUUAGGUUUCAUGUGCUCAUUCGUUGUACGACGAAGGUACAUCACUGACUUGCAAACCACGAAGAAGAAUGGGGCAAUAAUAAACGAAACAGUGAAUACCGUAUCGUUGUUUGAUUCAAUACGCGAUUAUUGAGCACUAUUUGUGCACUGUUUAUGCAUUUGAUUAAUUUAAUAAAGUAUUGUGCAUUGCAUGAUAUUACACGUGCCUAAAUUAAUCUGGCAUAAAUAUCAAAUAAAAAGGACACACGUUUGUGUAAAUACAUUAGAAUGUGCUUCAUUAAGAGUGACGUAAAAAUCGAUUAAUAGUUAAUGAUUUUACUUAUAUUUGUGAAAUCUUGGAUAUCUGACUGAAGUUUAAAGAGCAAAGCAUCAAUUUUUUUUUACAUUGAAAUCGUACUGAGAUAGGAAAUUGUUGAAAUGAAACUGUUCACACGUCCAAAAUGUUUCACUGACGCGAUAGCGUUGAACAUAACUCUGCACCGUUUAUUGGGAAUACGUAUUUUCGAAUACCCUCACGGUCAACCAAGGCCUAUACUCAGUCUAAUAUAUCUUCUGCUUCUUUACGCUAUACACUGCGGCGCAUUCAACUUGCAAGAUGAAUAUUAUGCAGAUAUGACGUUACUGAAGCUGGAAACCUUCUUGUACAAAAUACUGAUGACUAUCAAUACUUGUUCUGUCCUCAUCAAGUUAAUACUAGGCUGGUGGUACACGAAGAGCUUCGAAGUUUGCUACAAAAAAAUUUCCGAAAUCGAUGAAACGUUACGACAAAUUGGCUUGGUGAUAAACUACGAUAUAAUAUACUUUGUGACAAUUGGAGUGAUGAUUACCGGGCUUAUAUUCACUAUUAUUACGUCCGCUUUGGUUUCCAUUCAUCUGCAUAACCGUGUGAAUUUGUAUACUUCGAUCUAUAUGAUAGUAGCGUAUACGUAUGCACUGUUCGUCAAUGGCAUUGUCAUCUUCGAUUUCUAUAUAUUAGUGAAAUACUUACAAAUGAGAUUUGAAUUGGUCAAUCAAUUCUUAUACGAACACUCAGGAGUGUCAUCGACCAAGAAGAGGAAAUUAGGUUUUUUCGAAAUGCAAGAUUACGCUAAUAUUAUGAACUGUGAGCAAAGAAAGCGUCUUUCCACGAAAAUGUUAUCCCGAUGGCGUCGACAGACGCAGCCUCAAAUAAACAUUUCCGUGUUAGAAAAGUCAAGUACAGUCAAAUCGCAGAUUCAAACACAAUUUCAGAAGGAACUGCAAAACCAGUCUCAAAGACACAAUCCCGUAAUGACGAAAUGCGAAAAACGCAAACAUCUAUUGCAAACAAUCAAACAGGUGCAUCUAGAGCUGUGCAAAAUGUCGAAAACAAUAUGCACUAUUCUCGGCGUACAGGCAGCUUUUGAUGUAGCAGCGUCCAUUAUGUUUCUUACCGGAAUGUUUUAUAAUUUAUACAAUCGAUAUGUUGUACAACAAGACAAAUUUGUAAAAACUUUGACGGAGCAAACGGCUGUGUCGGUAAUAUUGUGUACCCUCACUGUUGUGAAAAUCAUCUUUUUAAGUCGCAUUUGCAAAAAAGCGUCUGACGAGGGAAAUAAAACUAUUGAGAUUAUUUAUGGGAUUUAUGGAUGCGAAGCGGAUAUCGAUAUGCGAUGCGAGAUUCAACAAUUUGGUAUUCAAAUAUUGCAAAGUCCAAUCACAUUCUCCGCCUUCGGUCUUUCUCUGGGCAACAAUGUCAUAAGUUUGGGUUUGAGAACUGUCACAACUUAUUUGGUUAUUAUGAUACAAGUGAGCAACUCAUUAGAAUCAAACAAAGCCAUUAAAUUGGCAAAUAUUUAA